GCCGUGGGCAGGGAGGGCCGGGCUGUCCGGAGAAAGGCGCGGGGCGGCAGCGGGACCCCCCCGCGGCCCUCGGAGCGGCCCCGCAGCGGCGGGGCAGCCCACAAGGUCCCGUCCCGGGGGGCCGGGGCCGGCCCUGGAGCGGAGCCCAGCCGGGGCGGGGGCCCCGGUGGGGCCGGCCCCAUCGCGGGCGGUGGGGCCGCGAGCGGUGGGCCCGUCCUCGCCGGGCCGGCUGCGGGGGCGAGCCGGGGCCGCUCGGCGCAGGGCGGCACGGGCCGGCCCCGGACACUUGGGCACGGCGCGGGGCGGGCCGGGACGGAGAGGGGCGGCACGGCACGGCACGGCUCGGCACGGCUCGGCUCGGCUGGGCUCCGCCGGCACUCGGCUGGACUCUCUCGCUCGGUGCUACUGGAGCUGCGCAGCCCGCAGGGACCAGAGAGCCGUGCUGCCAUGGGAAGCUGCGGCACGUGGGCAUGGCGGGAGCUGCUGGUGCUGCUGAGCAGCGUGUGGCUGUGGGUGGGCAGCGCCCAGCCCACCCUGCCAGGCCCCACGCACACCCCCAGACCCCAGCUGAAGUUUCGCCUGGCUGGCUACCCACGCAAGCACAACGAGGGCCGCGUUGAGGUCUUCUACAAUGAUGAGUGGGGCACCAUCUGCGAUGACGACUUCACGCUGGCUAACGCACAUGUGCUGUGCCGGCACCUCGGCUUUGUGGCUGCCACCGGCUGGGCCCACAGUGCCAAGUAUGGCAAAGGCAUCGGGCGGAUCUGGCUGGACAAUGUGAAUUGUGCUGGAGGUGAGAAGAGCAUAGGGGACUGCAAACACCGGGGCUGGGGGAACAGCGACUGCAGCCAUGAGGAAGAUGCAGGUGUCAUCUGCAAGGAUGAGCGCAUCCCAGGCUUCAAGGACUCCAACGUCAUUGAGACUGAGCAGAGCCACGUGGAGGAGGUCCGGCUGCGGCCGGUGGUGUCUGGGGCCCGGAGGCAGCUGCCGGUGAUGGAGGGCAUUGUGGAGGUGCGCUACAAGGAUGGCUGGGCACAGAUCUGCGAUGAGGGCUGGGACAGCCAGAACAGCCGUGUCGUCUGUGGCAUGAUGGGCUUCCCUGCUGAGAAGAAGGUCAACAGGAACUUCUACAAGCUCUUCACGGAGCGGCAGCAGCUCAACUACCGCCUGCACUCUGUGUCCUGUGUGGGGACGGAGGUGCACCUCUCCAUGUGCACCUUCGAGUUCUACAGGGGCAAUACCUCGGCCGCCUGCAGGGCUGGCAUGCCCGUGGUCGUCAGCUGUGUGCCUGGGCCCCUCUUUGCCACUGGCAAUGCCCACAAGAAGAAGCAGCGCCAACAGCAGCAGGGCCAGCCACGGAUCCGGCUGAAGGGCGGCGCCAAGGUCGGCGAAGGCCGUGUCGAGGUGCUCAAGAGCAGUGAGUGGGGCACGAUCUGUGACGACCGCUGGAACCUGCUGUCAGCCAGCGUAGUGUGCCGUGAGCUGGGCUUCGGCAGCGCCAAGGAGGCCCUCACUGGGGCACGCAUGGGCCAAGGGAUGGGGCCCAUCCACAUGAAUGAGGUGCAGUGUCUCGGCACUGAGAAGUCCCUCUGGAGCUGCCCCUUCAAGAACAUCACGCAGGAGGACUGCAAGCACACGGAGGAUGCGGCCAUCCGCUGCAACAUCCCCUACAUGGGCUACGAGAACCUGAUUCGGCUGAGCGGGGGCCGGAGCCGCUUUGAGGGGCGGGUCGAGGUGGCGGUGAGGGCUGGCGAUGGGGACCAGCCCCGCUGGGGUCUGGUCUGCGGCGAAGGCUGGGGUACGCUGGAGGCGAUGGUGGCCUGUCGCCAGCUGGGUCUGGGAUUCGCUAACCAUGGCUUACAAAUCCGCCUAGCUGGUGGGAGGACGGCGUUUGAGGGCCGCGUGGAGGUGAAGCGAGGCAGUAAGUGGGGCACAGUGUGCAGCGAUGGCUGGACCACCAAGGAGGCGAUGGUGGCCUGUCGUCAGCUCGGCCUGGGCUACUCCCUGCACGCAGUGACGGAGACAUGGUACUGGGAUGCCAGCAACGUGACGGAGAUGGUGCUGAGCGGGGUGAAGUGCGCCGGCCAUGAGAUGUCCCUGAGCCACUGCCAGCACCAUGGCACCAGCCUGAACUGCAGGAACACGGGCACACGCUUUGCCGCAGGUGUCAUCUGCUCUGAGACUGCCUCCGACCUGCUGCUGCAUGCCCCGCUGGUGCAGGAGACAGCGUACAUCGAGGACCGGCCGCUGCACAUGCUGUACUGCGCCGCCGAGGAGAACUGCCUCUCCAGCUCGGCCCGCCUGGCCAACUGGCCCUAUGGGCACCGUCGCCUGCUCCGCUUCUCCUCCCAGAUCCACAACAAUGGCCGCGCAGACUUCCGCCCCAAGGCUGGCCGGCACUCCUGGGUCUGGCACGAGUGCCACCGGCACUACCACAGCAUGGACAUCUUCACCCACUACGACAUCCUGACCCCCAACGGCACCAAGGUGGCGGAGGGACACAAGGCCAGCUUCUGCCUUGAGGACACGGAGUGCGAGGAAGACGUGGCCAAGCGGUACGAGUGUGCCAACUUCGGGGAGCAGGGCAUCACCGUGGGCUGCUGGGACCUGUACAGGCAUGACAUCGACUGCCAGUGGAUCGACAUCACUGAUGUCAAGCCAGGCAACUACAUCCUGCAGGUCGUGAUCAACCCCAACUUCGAGGUGGCAGAGAGUGACUUCACCAACAAUGCCAUGAAAUGCAACUGCAAGUACGACGGGCACCGCAUCUGGGUGCACAGCUGCCACAUCGGCGAUGCGCUCAGCGAGGAGGCCAACAAGCGGUUUGAGCAGUACCCGGGUCAGCUCAACAACCAGAUUUCAUAGGGCCCUGGCCCCCGGGAGAUGGGCAUCUCCCUCCCUCACCCUGCACGGGUGGGAGGAAGCUGCUGGGGGGCCGGCGGGGAGGCCUCAUGCCCGGUACCACUGCCACCGAGUCCUGCCGGGGACUGCUUAGGACUCACUGUCACCAGCUGCCCUUCCCCACCUCGGGGAGCUGGUGCUGGAGCACUGCGCACCGGCACCUCCCAGCCUGGGGCCACCGCCCCGACCACUGGCCAGAAGACUCCGUGCCCAUGUCCCCUGGGCUGUGGCACAUGGAUUAUGGUCCCAGAGGUCCUGUACCCUCCACCAUGCCCUGCUCUGCACCCAGCCUCUGCCAUCCCAGCUGCACCCCACCUCCUGCUCCCCCAUUCAGCCCUGGUUCCUCUCACCCUACAGCCCUCCCUAGGGCUCUGCUCUCAGCCAGCCCCAGGACUUACUGCCCCCACACAGGGACCUGCACCCCCACACGGCCCCAGCCGAGGCCCAGCGAGCCCCUGGUCCCCUGGGAGCUCCUGGUCCCCUGGGGAUGGUGUGGCUGCCACUGCCCUGCCAGCACUGCCUCCAGCUGCCCGGCAGUGGCUCCCACACCCAUCUCUUAGUUGUAAUUUUAUUUUCUCUAUAAAGUUGUCAGUUCUAUUUC